AUGAGAUUUCUACCUACAGCUGCCAGACUUGGUCACUCCUUAAACACACGAUGCAUUCAGAAUUUUGCAUACUCCACUCUUGCUCCACCCAUCGUUGAGACCCUCCAGAAUCCCCCUCCCUCAAAUUCCCUCAUCACAGUCAAUGGCCACAUCAAGUCACUUAGAUACUCCAAGAAUGUUGGAUUUAUAGAUAUCUCCGACGGUCUGAGCUCAAAGACACUCAAUGUAGUGUUUCUAUCUCCAGACAAAGUUCUUGAGAGGAAUAGAUUUAAGGUUGGUCAGAGCUUGUCUGUAACUGGAAGGUGGAUUGAGUCCAGAGGAAAACAGGCUUACGAGGUGCAAUACAACCUAGACAAUCCAGAGCAUCAGAUCAAGAUCAUGGGAGACGUUCCUGAAGACUAUCCCAUACAAAAGAAGACACACUCGUUACAAUUCUUAAGGACUUUACCGACCCUCAGACAUAGAACAUCUACACUUGCAUCCAUUCUCCGUUUUCGGUCGAAAGUGGAGUCUCAUCUCACUGACUUUUUCAACCAUAAUCAUUUUGUUAAGGUAACACCUCCGUUGAUUACAUCAUCGGAUUGCGAGGGAGCCGGCGAACAGUUUCAGGUGGAACUGUUGAAAAAAGUGAGCUCCAAGGGGGAUGAAUUCUUCGGAAAACCUGCGAAUUUAACGGUAUCAACACAAUUACAUCUUGAAGUUCUCGCUCAGUCCCUCAAUAGAGUGUGGACUUUGACACCUUGCUUUCGUGCAGAAGACUCCAAUACCAAUAGACACUUAAGUGAGUUCUGGAUGUUGGAAGUUGAAGUAUGUUAUAUUGAUCGCCUUCAGCAACUCACUGCGCUCACCGAGGCCAUGGUUCGUCAUGUCGUUAAGGCAAUGAGAAGCGAUAAAGCUAGCUUCUUUGACUUAACAGAGGCACGCUUCAAUAAAGAUGAAGCUGCUAGAAUCAACGAACGUUGGGAGACCGUUCUUUCACCGGAAGCUUGGCCGUCUAUGACUUAUUCGGAGGUAGUUGAGAUCAUCAACAAGGUCAAGUGCAAGGGGCGCCUGAAAGGACGCAUGGAAUGGGGCGAUUCCAUACUGACCGAACAAGAGAAGUGGUUAGCAGGUGAGUACUUCAAGUCCCCUGUAUUUGUAACUGACUAUCCGGCCGAGCAAAAGCCCUUUUACAUGCCUCCGUCAAGCGAAGGUGUCCUCGUCUCAGGCAAGCCCACGGUAUCUUGCUUCGACCUCAUCAUGCCUGAUAUUGGAGAGCUUGUAGGAGGCUCAAUGAGACAACUGGAUCACAACAAGCUAUUGGAAGAAAUGAAGAGAAGAGAGAUGAAUACUGCAGAGAUUGACUGGUACCUCUCCACCAGGCUUAACGGCUCAGUACCUCAUGGUGGGUUUGGGAUGGGUUUUGAAAGACUUAUUGCAUACCUUGGAGCCAUGGAAAAUAUCAAAGAUGUUACAGCCUUCCCAAGAGCAUCGGGCCUCUGUGAAUGCUAA